AUGGCAAAGAAGAAGAGCAAGCAGGCUCCAGCUGAUGCUGGUGCUGGGGCUGGUGAGGGGCAGGAUGCGACGCUUGAGAACGCUUCGCAAACACAACCACAACCACAACCACAGCCCGCCACGACCGCGGGAGGGUCCAAGAAGACCUCUAAGUCACCCAAGACGACAUCAUCGACAUCAUCUUCGCAGACUCUCAUAAUAUGUCGAAACAAGCAUUGGCGAUUCAUUUCGGCCUUUCACGGCCCAUGGCUUCAAAUGCCCAUCGAGAUACUCGAAACCAUCGCCAACGUCAACUACAACACCCCGCGACCCCGACCCAUCGACCCUGCCGUCCUCUUCGACAUGACCAAGAUCCGCCGGCUCGUCGACGAAGCCACCAACCUCGCCGUGAGAGCUGCUAGUGACAUCUCCUCGCCGAUCAUGACCAACGUCAACGGCGGCAUGCCCGGCGCAUCGUCCAUGUCGGCCCUUGGCAUGGGGGGACCAGGCCACGGGACCAAACUGAGCCGUGAACGGAAAUUCCGGAUGAGAGAGCAGGCCAGCCAGAAGCUCAGCCGUGCCUAUCGUCUGGACGAGAUCGCGUGCAGCGUCGCGACCAUGCAGGGCUCGUCGCCGAUAGAAGAAGUCGCUGGACUGGUGCUGCAGCGCAGCCCGCAGGAUCCUGACGCCAAAUAUGUGCACUUUUUUCAUGAAAAGAUACCCUCGCGCCAACUGGCCGAGUCCACCAGCCUGGAGGCCUUGACAGAGGUGAUAUCGGAGAAGCCGAGCGAAGGGGAAGCCCUACGCACCCGCGCCAUCGUGAGGACUUUCAAGGAGGAUUACGAGGGGGCUGCUCAGGACUUGACUCACGCCUUGUCAAUAAGUCGCUUCCAUCAGCCAUCGCACCAGAAGCCUGGGCAGCAGUCGCAAACUCAGGAGUCAAAUCAGGGCCGAAGGCGGCCCCAAGACGUUAUUUUGGCCGACAAGGACCAGCCGACGAGUCUAGAAGGACAAUUACUCUUUCUACGAGCCACGGCGUACCUGACAAUGGCUUGCCAGCACGUGGCAGACGGCAUACCUCCAGCCCAGGAAGCCAACGGACACGCCGAUGCAGACAACUCGGACGGGAACCCAGUCCCUGAAGCCAACGGGCGAAACUCGCCCGACGCUGAAGCAGAGCCUGAUGCUGAUGCUGACGCAGAGGCAUCACUCCGCAAACAGACCGAGUCUCGAAAGCUUGUCAAGACAUAUGCCAAGCGGGCGCUCCGGGACUUCAUAUCCUUCAUCUCGCAGCUGGAAUAUGCACCGAAUCUUCCUACAGUCAUCGCCAAGGACUUCAACGACCGCGUUAACCUUGCGGCCCAUGGCGUCCGAAACCCGAGACCCUCCGAGGCCACCUACUCUCUGGAGCCCUAUACCAUCUACUCAAUCGCCGACCUCUUUGCCGCCGUACCUCCUCCAGACCUCCCCCCUUACCCUUCUGAAGAAAUCACCAAGCCCGGUAAGACAUCGGAUAUGCCGUUGACGUGUGAAUGGACCACCUACCAUCCUCUUCUCACCGAGGCGCUGCACUCGCUUCUCCUCUGCCACAUUCUGGUCCAGACUUCGCCCAAGGAGCUCCUCCGCCACACAUACAUGGUAGCCCGACUUGUCCGCCAGGCUGACGGCUUCCCCAUCUUCCAGGCCAGCCGCUCCCAGGCCCGGUCCGACUGGAUGGAGGUUCUCCGCCGCACUGAGAGCCAGCUCCAGCUGAGCGCCUCCUGGGAGACUCUCUGCGCGCCCCCUCCCCUACCUUUCUACUACGAUACCCACCUCACCAAGUCCAAAGCCAAGAUCUCCGACGAGCAGCGCCGGCAGGGCCAGGCCUUCCUAGACGCCUUGGAUGACGAGCUCAUCGAAAAGGAGAUGCGUGCCGAGCAGGACCGCCUGCCCAUCGCCACCAACAUCCCCCCUGCCCCUGUCUACGGUGCCGGUCUAACGACCCACCCAAGUCUCCGGCGGUGGUCCGUUGAGGACGGCAAAGACUACCCCAUCCUGACCGAGCGGGCCGCCGCCGUCUCCCAGUGGCUGCGCGAAGCCCCGGUUGUUACGGGCACCACCAGGCGCAAGAAGCGCACCAAGAAGUCCAGCAAGUCGGGAGCGCUAGGCGACUCUGUCGAGAAGCUGCGCCUCGAAGACCCCGCUGGGGAUGCUGCGGAGCCGUGA